GCGGUAAAUGCGGACGCCUUCUAGCCAACGCACUCCGCGACACGAAACAAUCCACCUUCAUAUCCAAAAUCAAAACACCAUCAGGAGACACGUCCCAUAAACUCCCGGAUAUACUCAAAGCCUUCCAAGAGUUCUAUGCCGACCUCUAUAACAUACGUAAAACCCCACCAUCUAGACUCGAACUGGAGCAAUACCUUGCUCCCCGAAUCAAGCAGACAGUACCCAACAACCUCCUACAACACCUAGAGGAACCGAUACACAUAGAUGAAUUCCUUCAAAUU